UCGCCAGCAUGACGCUCCCUCCGCUCUCACACAUUCCUUCCCUCCGCUCUCAAACUUUGCUUCGUCCAUAGAAAGAAAAAUAAAUAAAAAUUAAAAACUUUUCAACCACAUUCUAAGAAAAAUAAAAACCCCUGCUGUGACGGGAAGAAAUGAUCGCAGGGAGGACGGGAAUACGGAUUCGUGAGCACCGCUUCUGACAGCAGCUGAGCUCCUUCGGCCUCCUCUCUGAUGAGACGAUGAGAACCUACACCCGUGGGGCCCCCACAGUCUUCUUCAUAAGUCUGCUGUGGCCCCUGCUCGCCCCGGCGGUGGCGACGACGACGACGGAAGUGGACCCCAGCGCAGGAAUCCCCUUCAUGGGAGGCAACUAUGAAGGGCAUCCCAUGUUGUACUUCACUCGGGGGGACGUGGAGGAGCUGCAGUACGCAGCUGCGGGGACUCAUCGGGACAUGGCGAGGAGGAUCCGUGAGGCUGGGGAGACCAUGCUGGAGCACCCGGAAGAGUACCUGCCCCCCUGGAGCCCCGCAGAGUUCAGCGCCCGCUGGAACGAGGUGUACGGAAACAACCUGGGUGUGCUGUCCAUGUUCUGCCUGCUGUACCCGCACAGGGCCGGGGCUCUGGACCUGGCCAAGGACUACAUGGAGAGGAUGGCGGCUCAGCCUAGUUGGCUGGUCAAAGACGCCCCAUGGGAUGAAGUUCCCUUGGCGCACUCUUUGGUUGGGUUCGCCACCGCUUACGACUUCCUGUAUGAGUACUUGAACAAGGGUCAACAGGAGCGCUUCCUCCAGGUGAUCGGCAACGCGUCGCGACUGAUGUACGAGAAGUCCUACGUCCGAGGCUGGGGGUUCCAGUACCUGCACAACCACCAGCCCACCAACUGCGUGGCUCUGCUCACAGGAAGCCUGGUUUACAUGACCCAAGGUUACCUUCAGGAGGCCUACCUGUGGACCAAGCAGGCCCUGUCCAUCAUGGAGAAGUCCAUGGUCCUUCUGCAGGACGUGACGGAUGGCUCCCUGUAUGAAGGCGUGGCCUAUGGGACUUAUACCACCCGCUCUCUGUUCCAGUACAUGUUCCUGGUGCAGCGCCACUUUGCCAUCAGCCACUUUGACCACCCCUGGCUCCUUAAACACUUUGCCUUCCUCUACAGGACUAUCCUACCCGGAUUUCAGCGGACUGUAGCUAUUGCAGAUUCCAACUACAACUGGUUCUAUGGGCCGGAAAGCCAGCUGGUCUUCUUGGACCGCUACGUGUUGCGUAAUGGCAGUGGAAACUGGCUGGCAGAUCUGAUUCAUCAAAACAGGGUGAUGGAAGGGCCAGGGCAGGCUGGAAAGGGCCAACGAUGGUGUACUCUCCACACAGAGUUCAUCUGGUAUGAUCCGAGCCUGAUCCCCAAGCCCCCUUCGGAUUUUGGAACAUCCAAACUCCACUACUUUGAGGACUGGGGUGUAGUCACAUACGGCAGUGCUUUGCCUGCAGAUACCAACCGUACCUUUGUCUCCUUCAAGUCAGGGAAGCUGGGAGGACGCGCCAUCUUUGACAUUGUUCACAAGAACAAGUACAAAGAGUGGAUCAAAGGGUGGAGGAACUUUAACGCUGGCCACGAGCACCCAGAUCAGAACACUUUCACCUUUGCACCCAAUGGUGUCCCAUUCAUCACAGAGGCACUGUACGGACCGAAGUACACUUUGUUGAACAAUGCCGUUUUGUUUGGCUCGGCUGUCUCAGGGAGUUGCUUUAAGCCAUGGGCUGGACAGGUUACAGAGGCCUGUGACUCUAAGUGGUUGAAAUACAAGGUGGGACUGGCGGCUGAUGCCCAGGGCAGAGUAGAAGCUGCUAUGGAGAGACAGGGAAUGGUCUUUAUCCGUGGCGAGGGACGUUCUGCUUAUAAUCCAGAGCUGAAGAUCAGGAACUUUCAGAGGAACCUGCUCCUCCUUCACCCACAGCUCCUACUCCUGGUGGACCACAUCCACCUGGAUCCUGACAGCCCAACCAGGGCCAUGAGUGCCUUCUUUCACAACACAGAGUUGCCAUUCCAAAGCACAAAAGUAGAUGGUGUUCACGGAGCAUUUGUAUUACACGGUGAUGUCAAGUAUAAAAUGUUCUGGAUGGACGACACCGGCUACAGUAACAAAGGAGUGAUCGGUUACUGGAAUUACCCUCGUGGGUACCCGUAUAACGGCUCUAACUACGUGAAUGUCACAAUGCCAUUGAGGUAUCCUCACACAAGGGGCGCCUACAUUUUUUUUGGACCAGGGGUGGACGUGCAGAGCUUCAGCCUCCGUGGUGACGACCAGAGAGUGGAUAUUUACCUGGCCACCAAGGAGCACACUUACACCAUCUACCUGCUGACCGGAGAGGUCACCAGUAAGCCUCUGUACUCCAUGGUACUGCUGGACCACAAGAAGAUCGUAUUCGAGAAGUCGUCAGUUGCCGUGGACAACUCACCGGAGGAGGUAGAGGAGUACGUCAAUUUGAUGGAAGACAACCUCCAGCAUGUCAAGCCGGUCUUCCAGCAGAUGGAGAGACACAUCCUCGGACGGGUCCUCAACACUGCCAGCUUCCGUAAGACUGCAGAGCGUCUCCUCCAGUUCUCUGACAAAAAGAAGACAGAAGAGGUCAUUGAGAAAAUGUUUGCGAUGUCCAAGAAGCAGGGCAAAGGUAAAGGGGGGAAGAAAGUGAACCUCGGGGAGAAGCUUUCUGAGAGUCUACCUGACAUUUUUGCACAGAUUGAAGUGAACGAGAAGAAGGAGAGACAGAAAACUUCAAAGCGUACGUACGAGGACAGUCCAGAGGAGGGAGACGCAGACUCACGGGCCUUUAUGGAUUACACAGACGGUCGCAGAAACAGAAAGGGCGGCUUUGUUAAGGGCCGCAAAUUCAAAGAAGUUCACAUGGUGGCCACAGCAGGGAGCGAGGGUCUCCCCAGCACAGCCUCCUACAUUAGACUCUUCCUCCUCCUGAACACUGCCACCUUCUUUUUACUGCUGGCUGUGCUACUGACUCGCUUUCAGAGGGGUCGAAGCUUGCACACGCAGAGGUGUUUCUACACCAUCCUUCUGAUCGACUGCUUCAUCUUAUUGUACCUCUACUCCUCCUGCUCUCACACACAGUGUUAACAUCAUGAGCAGGUGAGGGGUCGUCCAGAAUGACCUGUUGUUCAUGGUGAAUUAAAUGCACCCUACACCUCAGUCUGAGCCAGAUCUUUGCGACAGGAUAUUAGGACCACUGGUAGAAAAAAAACUAAUCUUUCAGGAUUUCAAGAAAAAGAAGGGGAAAUAUUUUAACAAAAAAAAAAAAGAAGUUGUAAUUUUGUUAGAAUAAAGUCAUAAUUUUACAAGAAAAAGUUCAUAAGAACAUAAAAUUCAUAAGAAUAAUUGUCAGUGUGAUUAUACAAGAACAAAGUAUUGCGAUCAUAAAUCAAUUCAAAUCAAAUCAAUCAAUUCAAACAGGAUAGUAAAAUGAAAUUAAACCACUUGCAUUAUAUGACAGGAUGUGGCAUUUUUUUCUCAUUACCUUAAUAUUAUGACCUUUAGGUUUGUAACCCUACCCCUUAUGACAUCUUAUUUUCAUGAUGUCCAUUUUAGUCCUGCAAUAUUAUAACUUUUACUCUCUUUUUUUAUUGUAAUUUUAUGGCAUUUCAGUUCUUAAUUUUGACUUUUUGUAUAAGAGUAUGGCUUUAUUAAAAUUACAACUUUAUACUCAAAAUAAUGUGACUUUUAUUCUCAGUAUAUAACCUUUAUUCUCCUAGUAUUAUGACUUUUUCUUUUAUUUAUAUAGCACAAAAUCACAAAUUUGCCUGAGGAUAGCAAUCUAAAAAUGAUGACAUUAUUCUCGUAAUAUUAGGACUUCUAUUUUCAUACAAUUAUGACUUUUAUUCUCAUAAUAUCAUGAUUUCUUCUAGAAAUAACUUUGAGAUUUUCCCCUGUAUCUUCUGGUUUUAUUCUUGAAAUCUCAGGUUUUCUUUUUCUAACUGUGGGCCUAAUACUUGUAAGAUCUACCUAAUGGGUGUUCAGGAAAAACAACUGAUUCCAAAUAGGAAUUGAUGAAUUGCCGGGAUGAAACCAGAUCACCUCUGAUGUAAUAAGCUUCUGUGGAGCUUUGGAACUGACACUGUGUGAAGUUUGUCCUUUGUACAUUUCAGAGGGUCCUGCCUUGUGUCAAAGAUCUCAAGGUUAGCCACUAUAAAGCAGUUUGCCACAGCUGUACUUGAGAUUUGUCCUGUCUGCAUAGUUCAUAGGAAUACAUUUAAAUGUAUAUAUGUGAAAGCAAGAUAUAUUUUUAUGGUCUCCUUUUUUUUUUUUUUUACCAUUUGUGAAUAAAACUACCACAUGCG